CAUCUCCUCGACCGUUAUAAGUAAAACGCUUCAUAUACAGGCGCUCAAAUACUUUUACUCCAAAUUAUGAUGUCUUCACAGAUUCUAGUGUCUCGGCCUCAUUAUGACACACGGGUCGUGGCGCAGAGUGGCUCACAGCCACCGGUGGAAAACCCGGAGAUCGCCGUUAAACAUAAUGUAUACGCUGGAACAUCCACCGGUUUGACCACCGCGGGUUACCGGAGCGCCAAAUACACCCCCGACGAGUGGUUCGACAAUAACUCCGCUCUGUUAAACCGGGCAGCCGCCGACCGAAACCAGGCGGAAAACAUCUGCCACGAGUCCCGAGCGCUGAAAGCGGAGACCGACGCGGCUACUUUACGCACGCAGACCGAGGGCACCACACACCUGGGCGCGCGGCUGCAGGAUAUCCACCUCUGGAGGUCCGAGCUGGAGCGACUCAUUGAGCGGCUCAGCGCAGAAACCGACCUGCAGAUCAGCUCCAGGCGGCGGCUGGAGAAAGCGCUGGACGCCACGGAGAUUCCCUUCGCCAUCGCCACCGAUAACCUGACCUGCCGGGAGAGACGCUUCGGUCCCGACCUGGUGAAGGACGCGGUGGAGGAGGAACUUCUGAAGGAGGUGGAGCUGAUCAGAAGCAUCCAGACCCUGCUGAAAAAAACUCUGGACCAAACCAUCAACCAGAUAAGGCUGAACCGGGAGGUGAAACACACUCUUGAGUUGGACUGGUCUGAUAAACAGCAGGCGUACAGUCUGGAUGACCACUGUGGACGCUUCAGCAACAGGAGCACCGACACACAGCGGCAUCCCAGUUCAGCAGUGCUUCAAGAUCAGGUGUGUGAUGAGGAGGUCUGGCGUAAGUUCACAGUGGAUAACCUGCGGCUGGCGGAAAGAGAGGAGACGGCGAGUCAGGCCCUGAGGCGUCUGACUGAGCGGGUCCUGCAGGAGACCACGGAGGACCUGCGUGCGCAGUGUGACGCUGUGGAUCGAGCCUUCACUCAGCGCUGCGUGGAGAUGAGCCAGGCCAAAACACAGCUGGAGCUGCAUCUGGCACAGAUUCUGGAGCAGAUCGGGGCUCAGGAGAGGAAUAUCUCACAACUGCAGGAGGCGGUGCAUGAUAAAGAGGCUCCGCUCAGAGUGGCUCAAUCUAGACUGCAUUACCGGACCCUCAGACCCAACAUGGAGCAGUGUCGAGACCAGCCGCAGCUCAGUCUGUUAGGUGAAGCGUCCAAGCUCAGCAAUACCGUGUCGGCCCUGCAGCAGCAGCUUUAUGAAGCACAAAAGUCUCUGUCUGACCUGGAGGAGAGCAGAUUGAACCUGGAGAAAGACAUCGCCUGCAAAACAAACUCCCUCCUCAUUGACCGAGAGAAGUGCAUGACGCACCGCACUAGAUACCCCACCGUCACAGUGCUGUCUGGAUACUGAAACACCUUUUUCAGUGGGCUGCAGUAUGUGUGCAUUUUGGCAGUGAUUAUAUUGACCUUAUUCUUAUUUUUUGUGACUGUUUUAGAGCGUUCAAUUCAGUCGCCUAUGGGGGAAAUUACUAGGAAUAACAAAAAACAGUCAAAAUGCUUGCUCUACAAACAAGUGUGUUCAAGACAUAAAAACUAAAACACCCAACAGAGUUUGGACAGAACUUUGGAUUUAUAAAAGAUUAAUUAUAGUAGUUUAAAGUCUUUUUCCAUUUGUCACUUAUUAAUAUUUCUAGAUAUAUUAUAAAUAAAGAGUGGCCUGUUAUUAUGAGAUGGCAGCCUAUUUAAAAAAAAAAACUCUGUCUUCUGUUACUGGCUUUAUUAUUAUUUCAGAUAUAUGUCAGAUCCAGAAGACAAAAUCGAUUUUUUUGCCAGUAAAUUGGCUUUUUGUAAAACAAUGAUUUUAUAUUAAUACAUUUCAUUUAAUUAAAACAUCAGAAAUUAAUACACUGAAUGAUUUUUCACUAAAGUCUGUCAUAAAAUCCAAAUGACUUGAAUAUUACAGUGCAAUUUAUAUGCAAAAAUGACAGAUUUUCAGUGAAUGUUUUUCCCUAAAGGAGCUUUUUAGUAGGUCUGCAGUCUCGCACAAUAACUACUAUUGGCUUUAUGUAUGCACUGUAAAUGUAACUGGACAUUGUGUGCUGAGUUUUUGUGUUGUAAUAUCGGAUUAAAAGUAUUGUCUACAUAGGCACAUUGAUAAAUGAGUUAUAUUUAAUGUGAAACAUAUUUAUGAAAUUAAAAAACAUUGUACCACAACA